AUGCUUGCCAGAUCCGUAUACUAUAUGUGGCGUAUUACUGGCGACCGCCAAUGGCAAGACCGAGGAUGGAGGAUGUUUACUAGCUGGAUGGAAUCCUGUGUCACGGAGUUUGGUUUUGCAAGUUUGAAAGAUGUAAAUCGUUGGCCUCCCGUCUUGUCUGAUCACCAACAGAGCUUUGUUUUGGCAGAGACAUUCAAGUACUACUAUCUUUUGUUCUCGGAGCCAGACCUGAUUUCGUUGGACGAGUAUGUGUUGAAUACUGAAGCACAUCCAUUCCGACUCGAAUCUCCUGGAAAACCCGCCAAGAGAUACUGGUCAAAACCUGACGAAUCUGUGAAUAAGGCUUACGAGCCACCGGGGAUAAAUGAGGGUGAACGAGGAUAUGGGACAUUUAUUCAGCAAUGGGAUAGGGUUGAUUUAGAUAAAAUUAGCGAAAACGAUCUUCAAGUAUACAAUAAAGUCAAGGGGAUUGAUACUGAGGAUAGCUACAUUACAUGA